AUGUCUCAAACUCAGCAGUCAACCUUCUCUUCGUCUAUCUACGAUAGUGAUUUAGAUAAUCUUGAGACUCUACUAACCGAGGAUUUUCUCCGACCGGCUAUUCCUUCGUUAAUCCCCUCGUGCUUAACUCGUGUUAGCCCUAAUCGCGUGAAAAACUAUCUUCUUUACGACGAGAUGGUUUAUAACGAAUAG